GUGACAUCAAGUAGCGGGAUAAAUUGAUCUAAAUUUCCGAUGAUUUUCUGUGAGAACUUUUACCGCCCUACGUAAAGUAUAUAAAUUGGCUGAUAAGUACGGAGCGAGAUGGAUGGCCCUUCAAUAACCUCAUGAAUUAUUCACGGCGGAAUUAAUUCGAGGAACUUUUCUGAAUCCGAGGCUCCCCGAAAGAAAUAGAGGGAAUUAACAUGAAUCCCCAGAAUUGCAAUGGAGUGGAAACGCUGCCCCCGAAAUCGUUUCAAGAAAUAGCUGCGGAAGUUAUCGGAAAUCAAUUAACGAUUCGAAUGGAGAGGAAAAAAAACAAAGGGAAAAGAGGUCAGGACCAAUGGGAGCCGCCAUGUGCUUGCGAUAUAGUGGAAAUUAAAAGACCAUCUACAAAGGAAGGGCCAAAAAUAGUCAACGGCGGGAACAACAAUCAAAUUUUGUUCAAGGUCUACUCAAGAACUCGUAUUGGUGUGAAGGAAGAUCCUAAUUACAAACCGCAAACAAUUACAUACAAGGUCGGCGAAUGCAAAGGGUGUAAUGAUAAGGACCGAUGCAGGACCUUUAUCGUGCAUCCUCAAUUUGGUCGACCAGGGGUUCAAGAAAUUCAUAGCGAUCAUAUCGAAGGCAGUAAUUGCAACAUUCUUCUCUUAAAGGUGAAAAAGAAGGACGAGAACCCUGAACAAAAAAUGCAGAACAUCGAGCUGGAGUUAAGAACACCGAAAAUGCCGUGUAUGCACACCUCAACACCAAAUCGAAAUUAAACACAACGUAGAGCUGAUAAGGAAACAUUAGAAAGAGAAUUAAAAAAAAAAACAAAAAUAAAAAAAACUGGA